GCGUGAGCCACCAUGCCCGGCCAGUUUGUUUGUUGAGUGGAACUGAGUGAGACUUCAGGGCCCACUGACAGAGAUGGACCUUCCUAGCACUGCAAACCCGAGGCCUCCACUCUGAGAGGUGCCAGCCUGCUGAAGGAAUGAAGGAGAGCCUGUUCAUACCCAGCCAUGAAUCUCGGCUGGGAUCAGGGUGGCUGGAGGGCCACCACUGAGCUGUGUUUGGGGGCAGCCAGGAGCAUGCGCUGCCAGACAGAGGACCCUUUGCAGGCUGGCUGAGGACAGAAGGAUGUGAUCAUUAAGCAAAGCCAACAUGUUACUGAUCCAUAAUCCCUUAAACCAGGAGGAUUCGGGAAAGGCCUGGUCGCCUUGGCAACCAGGUGCUGGCCAGUGGCAGGGCUGAGAGCAUCCUCCAGGAGUGGGCUGUGCCUGAUGCAUGGGUAACAGCUGGGAGCGGGUGCAGCGCAGCCCAUCAUAGGGCUCACCCCGUGGUGCCUUCUUGCUGGCAUGGGCAGAAGCCCUUGUGAGGCCUCAAGGGCAAUGUGUGCAGAGCAGGAUGACGGGGGGCUGCACUGAGCAUGUAGGAAACCAUGAAGGGAAGUGGAGGGGAGGUGGGACAGUGCUGCUCUGGGUUUUCAGGGCAGGAGGGAGAAAGGAGGGUCUGCAGGAAAAAGCAGUUGCAUGGGUCUCAUUGGGUGGCCAGCAGGGCAUCCUCUAUGGGGGUGUCUCUGCCAAGAGGAUAGAGCUGCAAGUCUAAGAGGGACAGGCAUCAGCUCCCCUCCCUGCCUCUCUGUCCUGAGGGAGAGGAGGGUAGCCCCUCUCCCCCAGCCCUGUGCUCCUCCCCUAAGACCAGAGGGCACGAGGAGCUGGAGAGCCUGAAGAAGAAAGCUUUCAUGGUUGGGGACAGGGCCGUGGGGGUGGGCAGAAAGCUCACACUGCUCCUGCAUGGUGUUCUCAGUAGGGGAUACCUGCCUGCCUGGAGGGCUCCGGCCUGGGAAGAGGCCAGCAGAGAUCAGGCCUCAUCUUCCCUAGGGCUCGACUGUAUUCCUGGCAAGCCUCUGUGUUUGCCCUGAGACCUUCCACUGUUCUUGACCUCCCAUAUUUCAGCUGGAGAGGAGAUGCAGCUGGCCAGCUCUGAUGCACUCUUCCCCUCCCUCCUCCUUUUCCCCUCUUGCCUCCUGGGGCGUGCCAGAGCAGGGACCUUCAUGUGUCAGUAUCAGAGGUGAAAUGAGGUUUGGACCCAAUCAUGUCCCAAGGGUGUUGGCCAAGCUGACAUUCAGUUUAUGGGCCUUGGUCAGUAAGAUUUACUGGCCAUUGACACAUUCAAGCCCUUGGACACAAGUUAGUAAAUUUCUCCUGGCCCAACGACUGCCCGGUUCUGGCACCCUCCCUGCCACCCCAGCCCUUCCCCCAGAACUCUCUAGACCUCUAGCAGCUAAAGGGCUCAGGUCUGGGGGGUCUUCAGGAUCCUCUUUGCACAUCAUGCCUGCUAUUAUGACCAGUACUUUGCUGGACUAAGUGGUCCAUAGAGAACUGCACGGGGUGUGGCCGGGUGGGUUGUUGGCGGGAGAUGGGGGCAGUGCUGAGAGUUGCUGAGAGGAAGAGGGUAACUGGGAAGAAGAGGGUGAACACCCACCCUCAGGGGGGUCAAACUUUGGAGAAGACACAACCCUGGCUCCCAGUGAUGGUGGCAUACAGGUCGACAGAACUUGAUGGAAAGAGACAGCUGAAUUCCCAGUUGGUGGAGACCCAGACUGGUAUGCCUUGUUCAUUUCACCUGCUCUUCUCACACCUCCCAUCUCAGGACCUGGCUGCCCGGUCCCUCAUGAUCAUGAACAAGAUGAAGAACUUUAAGCGCCGUUUCUCCCUGUCAGUGCCCCGCACUGAGACCAUCGAAGAAUCCUUGGCUGAAUUCACAGAGCAAUUCAACCAGCUCCACAACCGGCGGAACGAGGACUUGCAGCUCGGUCCUCUUGGCAGAGACCCCCCGCAGGAGUGCAGCACCUUCUCCCCAACGGACAGCGGGGAGGAGCUGGGGCAGCUGUCCCCUGGCGUGCAGUUCCAGCGGCGGCAGAACCAGCGCCGCUUCUCCAUGGAGGUGAGGGCCUCUGGAGCUCUGCCCCGGAAGGUGGCAGGAUGCACGCACAGGGGUGUGCACAGGAGGGCAGCUGCCUUACAGCCAGACUUUGAUGUCAGCAAGAGGCUCUCUCUGCCCAUGGAUAUCCGCCUGCCCCAGGAAUUCCUACAGAAGCUACAGAUGGAGAGCCCAGAUCUGCCCAAGCCGCCCAGCCGCAUGUCCCGCCGGGCCUCCCUGUCAGACAUUGGCUUUGGGAAACUGGAAACAUACGUGAAACUGGACAAACUGGGAGAGGGCACCUAUGCCACAGUCUUCAAAGGGCGCAGCAAACUGACGGAGAACCUCGUGGCCCUGAAAGAGAUCCGGCUGGAGCAUGAGGAGGGAGCGCCCUGCACUGCCAUCCGAGAGGUGUCUCUGCUGAAGAACCUGAAGCACGCCAAUAUUGUGACCCUGCAUGACCUCAUCCACACAGAUCGGUCCCUCACCCUGGUGUUUGAGUACCUGGACAGUGACCUGAAGCAGUAUCUGGAUCACUGUGGGAACCUCAUGAGCAUGCACAACGUCAAGAUUUUCAUGUUCCAGCUGCUCCGGGGCCUCGCCUACUGUCACCACCGCAAGAUCCUGCACCGGGACCUGAAGCCCCAGAACCUGCUCAUCAACGAGAAGGGGGAGCUGAAGCUGGCCGACUUCGGACUGGCCAGGGCCAAGUCAGUGCCCACAAAGACCUACUCCAAUGAGGUGGUGACCCUGUGGUACAGGCCCCCCGAUGUGCUGCUGGGAUCCACAGAGUACUCCACCCCCAUUGAUAUGUGGGGCGUGGGCUGCAUCCACUACGAGAUGGCCACAGGGAGGCCCCUCUUCCCGGGCUCCACAGUCAAGGAGGAGCUGCACCUCAUCUUCCGCCUCCUCGGGACCCCCACAGAAGAGACGUGGCCGGGCGUGACCGCCUUCUCCGAGUUCCGCACCUACAGCUUCCCCCGCUACCUCCCGCAGCCGCUCAUCAACCACGCGCCCAGGUUGGAUACGGAUGGCAUCCACCUCCUAAGCAGCCUGCUCCCGUAUGAAUCCAAGAGUCGCAUGUCAGCAGAGGCUGCCCUGAGUCACCCCUACUUCCGAUCUUUGGGAGAGCGUGUGCACCAGCUUGAAGACACUGCCUCCAUCUUCUCCCUGAAAGAGAUCCAGCUCCAGAAGGACCCAGGCUACCGAGGCUUGGCCUUCCAGCAGCCAGGACGAGGGAAGAACAGGCGGCAGAGCAUCUUCUGAGCCGCGCCCACCCUGCCGUGGCCCAAAGGACAAGAGAUCACAUGGACCACAAAUUCGGGUAGGAUGGAACCUGUGUGGCCCUCGGAAGACUGAAGAACGAGGGCUGACAGCCAGCCCAGAAGACCGUUUGGCAGCCCUGCUGGCCACGGCUGUUUCUUCUCUGUGCUUCCCACGUGCCUCCCCAGUAGUCCUCACCUGCAUACCAACCCCUCCAUUACCCACGUUGGGGCUGGCAUGAGCUGCUUCCCUGAGAAGACAUGAGAGGGAGGGGGGACCUUGUACCCUCUCCCACCCUGAAGUGUUUGGGCACCUGCGUGGGAUGCACAUGGGCGAGAGAAUUAAGGCGCCAGGAUGGGCACUGUGCCCUGGAUACAGGCUUUACCCUCCUCCCCCAGGGGCCUGCCUAGGGCCAGUUUGGUAGUCCCCUUUUCUGGUCCCUUGGAGCCCACAGAUGUUUCAUCUUUUUCCCUUCUGAGAGCAAGAAGAGACAUGGCAUGCUCUCUGGGACCCUGGAAUCCUAGGUAACCACAUGUGUGCCAAAGCCUGCCCUACCUGGCAGGUGUCCCACAGCAACAAAAGGAGUAGUAGUCCCCUUUCUUUCCAUCAGCCCUACCCCACCCUCAUUCCCCCGACACCCUCUGGCUUGAACCGUGGCUGAGCAGCGCCGGCAUGCUUGGAUGCCCAGCUAUGUCCAGAGGUGGCCUGGGUCCGCCAGUUGCACGCCUGCCACCUCAGCCAGCCCCCACCCAGCUCACCAGUCUGAAUGGAGUUGCCUUAAAUUGGCAGGUGGUAGCGUGCUCACUGCCCUUGGAGCUGUGACCGGCUCCUGCCUGUCCACCCCUUCCCCAGGUGGCUUCUGCUUAUCUUAUCAUCCUGGGGCUCCGAUUAGCCAGGCCUGGUCAGGGUCCUGGGGACAGCACCCAGAUAUGCAGAGUCACCCUGACGCUGGUACCGGGCUGACCUCAGCUCCCGGAGGGUCGCACAGCCUCCCCAUCCCUCCUUCCCGGCCCUUGUGGCUCAUGUCCACCUGAUCCCAAUACCAGCUUUCCCGAGCCCCUGCCACCCCAGAGGGCAGCCACGACAGGGAGAGGUAUAGAUGCCACCAUCUGAGGUAGAGGAAUGUGGACCAGGAGCAGGCUGUGAUGCUGAGACACUUGCCUCGGGGGGCCGGGAGCCUGGGGGGCCAGGGCCCCUGAAGAAGGCUCCCCUCUGUAUCCCCCAGGUGUCCUCAACACUGGACUGAUCCUGAAUGGCACAGGCCAAGGGGAGGCUAGCCUCACCUUUCUACCCAGGGCCCCUGCCCUGCCCACCUCAGGCCCCCACCCUCCACUCCUCCCCACGGUACUGUGAACAUCCUGUGACUCAGCGCAGAGACGGAUAAUAUAUUUAAUUCAUGUUGUACAGAAAGGA